AUGUAUAAGGCGGGCUAUGUCAAGGCAGGCUAUGUUAAGGCACGCUAUGUCAAGGCGGGCUAUGUCAAGGCAGGCUAUGUCAAGGCUGGUUAUGUCAAGGCAGGCUAUGUCAAGGCAGGCUAUGUCAAGGCUGGUUAUGUCAAGGCAGGCUAUGUCAAGGCAGGCUAUGUUAAGGCAGGUUAUGUUAAGGCAGGCUAUGUCAAGGCAGGCUAUGUUAAGACAGGCUAUGUCAAGGCAGGCUAUGUCAAGGCAGGUUACGUUAAGGCAGGCUAUGUCAAGGCAGGCUAUGUCAAGGCAGGUUAUGUCAAGGCAGGUUAUGUCAAGGCAGGCUAUGUCAAGGCAGGUUAUGUCAAGGCAGGCUAUGUCAAGGCUGGUUAUGUCAAGGCAGGCUAUGUCAAGGCAGGCUAUGUUAAGGCAGGUUAUGUUAAGGCAGGCUAUGUCAAGGCAGGCUAUGUUAAGACAGGCUAUGUCAAGGCAGGCUAUGUCAAGGCAGGUUACGUUAAGGCAGGCUAUGUCAAGGCAGGCUAUGUCAAGGCAGGUUAUGUCAAGGCAGGUUAUGUCAAGGCAGGCUAUGUCAAGGCAGGUUAUGUCAAGGCAGGCUAUGUCAAGGCAGGUUAUGUCAAGGCAGGCUAUGUCAAGGCAGGCUAUGUCAAGGCAGGUUACGUUAAGGCAGGCUAUGUCAAGGCAGGUUAUGUCAAGGCAGGCUAUGUCAAGGCAGGCUAUGUCAAGGCAGGCUAUGUCAAGGCAGGUUAUGUUAAGGCAGGCUAUGUCAAGGCAGGCUAUGUUAAGACAGGCUAUGUCAAGGCAGGCUAUGUCAAGGCAGGUUAUGUCAAGGCAGGCUAUGUCAAGACAGGCUAUGUCAAGGCAGGCUAUGUUAAGGCAGGCUAUGUCAAGGCAGGCUAUGUCAAGGCAGGCUAUGUUAAGACAGGCUAUGUCAAGGCAGGCUAUGUCAAGGCAGGUUAUGUCAAGGCAGGCUAUGUCAAGGCAGGUUAUGUCAAGGCAGGCUAUGUCAAGGCAGGGAUGUACAAACCUGUCUCCGCUCGACCUGUAUCAUUCCGGAUCUCCCCCGAUUCUAUCUCCUAAUUGUUGGAUUGGUAAUUUAGAAGUUGGUGAGUAAACUCUUCUUCAUAUUGCUGCAGACGCGGGAAGAAUUGGCUGGAGACAUUGCAUCCCAUCUGCACAUCGCUCGACCCCAAUUCAAUAACCAAUAUGGUAAUCGGGGAUGUAGACUUCGCAUACUUAUCGAGAUUCUACCACGAUAAACUUGACGAUCAGUUUAACAGUAACUAUUUUGUCCUUUAGCGAGCCCUUUGUCAUGUGACAUGUCACAUAUAGAAAGUCAGUCUAACAGUGUAACUAAAUAAUAUCGUAUGUUUUGGGUAUAACAUGUCUACAACACAUACAUACGUUUGUAAACUGCAUGUCACGCACAAUUAUAUUAAGGCACGAAGGUUGGCUGAAAUAGGGUUUAACAAUAUUAUUAUUCUUAUAAAGCGACGUCCAUGUAUGGAUAGAUGUGUGCGUAUGCACGUGCGCGCGAGCGUGCGUGGUGUGUGCCGCAGUUUAACAUGGAUACCACCCUUCUAGCCGAUAAGUCCUCGUUUUAUCCCUUUUAUGCCGAGCGCCAGAAGGUGUAACAGCAUGUGCUGUCUUUCAACGUCUUAUGGUUUGACGCUCCCAGAGGAUCGAACCACCGACCGUCCGCUCUCCGGGGAGACACUCAGUCCACUACACCACAGAGACGGUUAUAAACGUACGAAUAAAAUGCGACUGAAUCUGAUAUGGUUACAUCGCGUUAUAUCUGUGAUGGUUAACUGUUGUUUUGAGCAAACCCUCAAGGUAAUAGAUGUCUCUUGCUCUGGACAGAAGCGGGCGACACAGAUUCUAUCAAAGAAAAGCGGCGAGGACUGCUGACUGGUGAAGUUCUACGAUUCUGCUACUUCUCACACCUCUCGAGUUGGAAAGGCUGCUGUGCGACAGUGUAAGUUAGAAGAGCUUCCUCACCCUCCAUACUCCCAAGAUCCGGCACAAAGUGAUUUCCACCUGAUUCCUAAACUGAAUGAUACUUUUAUCAACAUAGAUGAUACAUACAUUAAGAUGAUACUAUAUUCUACGUAGAUGAUACAUUGUACUUUCAUCUAGGUAGAUGAUCUACGUAAAAGAUACUUUCAUCUAGGUAACAAUAUUUUUUCGAGUAAUCAACACUAGUUCCGGGUCAGUUAUAUAUAACCCCUGGUUUAAUUAAUAAUGAUCAAUUUGUUUGACGUUCUACCUUGACAUUAUUUAUUGAGGUAUUAUCUUAACAUUGCAUGAAGUAAAUCUUCAUUUCAAUGUGUCAAAGUUGAUGUGAUCUAGAAUGGCACACGGCCCACUCUCUCACAACCUUAAUAAUGAGAUGAGAGCACAAAAUGUUCUUCAAACUACAAACAACUACAGAUCAUUGUUAAUAGAUUUAGCGAAAUUAGAUAUCAACCAUAACAUAAGCCGGAUAAAUAACUCUAAUAUGUUGAUCCACAUGAUUUCUCCAUUACGUAAACUACGUUAAGAGGUAAGACGUGAAUAUGAAGGGGAAAGAAUCACUCAAACUAUAAACCUAUAUCAAACCAAUACUCGUCAUCAGCCUAUAAAGCACUGAUCGAAGGUGCGAUUCUGCAGUUUGUGUUUAUAUAUUAGUGCUGAUAGAUUGACAAGUUGUAAUGGUCUCGGUAUGUUGUAAAAAUACGGCGAAGGUCAAAUGAAAAUAAACGACCAACAUGUUCCCAAACUAUAAUUUAAUUAACUGUAAUUAAGUAAUCACCGUUAUUUAAAUAUAAAUGUUUGUAUAAUUUUGUAUACAACUAGGGUCGCGACUGCACAAGACAAUGUCACUGUCUGAGUAACGAUACGUACGAUUUUAAUAUCUCAGACGGAGAUGAAAGUAUUAUCUACGUAGAUGAUAAAAAUAUUAGACUGUGGCACGAAUACGCUUCUAUAGUGAAUGUGUUCUUCAGGGUGGCUUCAGAAAACUUCUCCCUAACUGGAAUUGAAAUUAAAGCUUCACUAUUUAAAUGGGAAGUGUGUUGAAAAGCAGGGAUAUUAUGCUGAAAAAUAUAAUUAAAAUCACUUUCACAAUUGUUAGUUUUGUUUGUUAGGCUUAGAACUUUUUGACCAGCCCUCGUACUGUUAGUUUGUGAAACUGUAAGUUAACAAGUGCUUAUGAUUGUGCAGGGUUUAUAAUUUUGUAAUGUUUUCAUAUCAUACUAAAUGAAUUAUAACAAUUUCUAUUUGCUUUUUUCUUGUGACAUUUUUACUAUUAUCUUACAUGUAAUACAUUAACCAUAUCAAAACUAGAUUUGCAGCCCAACAUAUAAUUAAAUACACCAGAAAUUGAUGAAGCUAGGGUUAUUGUCACUAGUAUAAUUCCUGUUUCAGAUGAUUAUUCAUUUCCUUGUGAGGUUCUGCAUUGCAACAGAUCUGUGAGAUAGUUUUCUAAUUUUGCAACGUUGACGGGAAUAUCUCAGUUUUAAUUUCAAGUAUGAUGGGCUUCUUUUUGGUUUGGUCAUGGUUCAUACAUGUGUAACUACAACGUAAGAUUCAGCGACAGAUUAAUACUUUUCAGUGAGAUGAGUAUGAUCGUGGAGUGACGUAUGAUCUCAAUCUUACCGUGUAUACGUACGUGUCAAUAGAGGUUAUCACGCGAGUGUGUUUGGGGAUGGUAAAUAUCCUGCA